CGACGGACGGCGAUGGCGGCGGUAGAAGAGAAUCCAGCCGCCACCGCCGCGGCGGCGGCAGCUGAAGACAGAGAGCCACAACGCGAGGCGUUGCCGAGCCUGGACAGCCAGCGACGGCAGAUCGAGAACGGCGAGAGUGGACGAGGCCGUCCACUGCGGGCCGGCGAAAGCUGGUUCCUUGUGGAGCAGCACUGGUAUAAACAGUGGGAGGUAUACGUGCAGGGAGGGGACCAGGACUCCGGCACCUUCCCUGGAUGCAUCAACAAUGCCAAGCUCUUUGAAGAUCAGAUAAAUUGGCGCCUCAAGGAGGGACUGGUGGAAGGCGAGGAUUAUGUGUUGCUCCCAGCAGCUGCUUGGCAUUACCUGGUCAGCUGGUAUGGUCUAGAGCAUAGCCAGCCACCCAUUGAACGCAAGGUCAUAGAGCUGCCCAACAUCCAGAAAGUCGAAGUGUAUCCAGUAGAACUGCUGCUUGUCCGGCAUAGUGAUAUGGACACAAAUCACACUGCUCAGUUCAGCCACACAGAUUCUGUUGAAGUAGUAUUGCGCACAGCUCGGGAGCUUUUCCUGGCAGACCCUCAGGAAGAGACGCGUCUUUGGGUCAAGAACUCAGAAGGCUCUUUGGAUCGGUUGCGCGACACACAUGCCACAGUGCUUGAUGCUGCCCUCGAGACUGGCCAGCUGGUCAUCAUGGAGACCCGAAACAAAGAUGGCACUUGGCCCAGUGCACAGCUGCAUAUCAUGAACGUGUUCGAAGAGGAUGAGGACUUCCAAGGCCAGCCAGGCAUCUGUGGCCUCACCAAUCUGGGCAACACAUGCUUCAUGAACUCAGCCCUGCAGUGCCUCAGCAAUGUACCACAGCUCACUGAGUACUUCCUCAACAACCGGUACCUGGAGGAGCUCAACUUCCGCAACCCACUGGGCAUGAAGGGUGAGAUUGCAGAGGCCUAUGCAGACUUGGUGAAGCAGGCAUGGUCCGGCCACCACCGCUCCAUUGUGCCUCAUGUGUUCAAGACCAAGGUUGGCCAUUUUGCGUCCCAGUUUUUGGGCUACCAGCAGCAUGACUCUCAGGAGCUGCUGUCAUUCCUCCUGGAUGGGCUGCAUGAGGACCUUAAUCGGGUCAAGAAGAAGGAAUAUGUGGAGCUGUGCAAUGCUGCUGGGCGGCCAGAUCAGGAGGUCGCUCAGGAGGCCUGGCAGAACCACAAACGACGAAAUGAUUCUGUGAUUGUGGACACUUUCCAUGGCCUCUUCAAGUCCACCCUGGUGUGCCCUGAUUGUGGCAAUGUGUCUGUGACCUUCGACCCCUUCUGCUAUCUCAGCGUCCCACUGCCUGUCAGCCACAAGAGGGUGUUGGAGGUCUUUUUUAUCCCCAUGGAUCCCCGCCGCAAACCAGAGCAGCACCGGCUUGUGGUUCCCAAGAAAGGCAAGAUCUCGGAUCUGUGUGUGGCUCUGUCUAAACACACGGGUAUCUCACCAGAAAGGAUGAUAGUGGCUGAUGUCUUCAGUCACCGCUUCUAUAAGCUCUACCAGCUGGAGGACUCUCUGAGCAGCAUCUUGGACCGUGAUGAUAUCUUUGUAUAUGAGGUAUCAGGUCGGAUUGAGGCCAUCGAGGGCUCAAGAGAUGACAUUGUGGUUCCUGUCUACUUGCGGGAGCGCACUCCAGCCCGAGACUACAACAACUCCUACUAUGGCCUGAUGCUUUUUGGGCACCCACUCCUGGUGUCAGUGCCCAGGGACCGGUUCUCCUGGGACGGUCUAUAUAACGUCCUAACGUACCGGCUCUCACGCUACGUGACCAAACCCAGCUCAGAUGAGGAGGAGGACGAUGGGGAUGAGAAAGAUGACGAUGAGGAGGAGGACAAAGAUGACCUUCCUGGGCCCUCGACUGGGGGCAGCCUCCGAGACCCUGAGCCAGAGCAGGCUGGGCCCAGCUCUGGGGUCACAAGCAGGUGCCCAUUCCUCUUGGACAACUGCCUUGGCACAUCUCAGUGGCCCCCAAGGCGGCGGCGCAAGCAACUGUUCACCCUGCAGACAGUGAACUCCAAUGGGACCAGUGACCGCACGACCUCCCCUGAAGAAGUCCAUUCCCAGCCGUACAUUGCCAUUGACUGGGAGCCGGAGAUGAAGAAGCGUUACUAUGACGAGGCGGAGGCUGAGGGCUAUGUGAAGCAUGACUGCGUUGGAUACGUACUGAAGAAGCCUCCGGUGCGGCUGCAGGAGUGCAUUGAGCUCUUCACCACCAUGGAGACCCUGGAGAAGGAAAACCCCUGGUACUGCCCUUCUUGCAAGCAGCACCAGCUGGCCACCAAAAAGCUGGACCUGUGGAUGCUGCCAGAGAUUCUCAUCAUCCACCUGAAACGCUUUUCCUACACAAAGUUCUCCCGCGAGAAGCUGGACACCCUUGUAGAGUUUCCUAUCCGGGACCUGGACUUCUCCAAGUUUGUCAUCAAACCACAGAAGGAGUCAUCUCCAGAGCUAUACAAAUACGAUCUUAUUGCGGUUUCCAAUCACUAUGGGGGCAUGCGUGAUGGACACUACACAACAUUUGCCUGCAACAAGGACAGCGGCCAGUGGCACUACUUCGAUGACAACAGCAUCUCACCUGUGAAUGAGAAUCAGAUUGAGUCCAAGGCAGCCUAUGUCCUCUUCUACCAACGCCAGGACGUGGCACGUCGCCUGCAAUCCCGGUCCGGCUCGUCUGGUCCCCCAGCCUCCCCUGCCUGCAAUUCCCCACCCAGCUCUGAGUUCAUGGAUGUUAACUGAGGGGCCCUGAGUCCUGCCACAGGGAAGGAAGCCCUCUCUGCCAUCUUGCUUCUUGUGUUUUCCCCUAUUCUCUUCCCCGUGUUAGGUGCCCCCGCCAGGCACUACAGGCUUAGUUGUGGCUACUGUUCUCCUGUGCCGCUCGCUGCGAUGAUCUCUCUGGGAGGAAGAGGCCCUAUCUCUUCCCAAGAGUGUGCUCCCUGCCUGUGUUUGCCCCUUAGAGCAAUAACCUACCCUCUUAGUCUCUAUUUAUGGUUACCCCUUCCCUCUUUCCCAGCCUGGAGUGUUCUGAGUGGGUGAUGGGGGUUCACCUGAACACAAGAGUGUAUUUUCUUAUUGAGACCCUGUAUCUUCUGCUGUGUGGGUAUAUAUAUAAAACACCAGUCUGUCCUUCA